AUGGCUUCUGAGAUAUAUUCUAUAGAGUACGCAAAUGCCCGUGCAUCAGAAAUAAAAGAGAUCGAGAAAAGCAUAUGUGCUACAAAAAAGAACAAGAUGCUGUUUCAGAUCAUUCCGUUCCAUAAAAGAAGACGGACUGCAUCUUUUGAUGAGAGAAGGCUUCCAAAGGAGUGCAGACGGCGAGCCAGAUCCAAAAGGCGGCAGAUCAAGCAGUCUGUGAAGGACCAAAAGACUCUUUUGAAGGCGCACACGUGGUACGCAAAGCGUUUUGAGAUGUACAAAAGAGGCAGCAUGUUUGUUCCCUUUAAGCGGCACUCGAAAAGCGAGGGGUUUAUUGCGAAGGCGUAUAAAACCAGAGGGGUGCUUUGCGACAUAUCCUACAACAGGGUGUUUACAGGAGAGACUUCUCUUUCAACUUGCUGCGCAUUUGACGCAGACUACAAUCGAGGCAUUGUAUGGUCGGCUACAGCUCUUUCAAGCAAUGCAGAGACUAAAGGCGCAGGAGCUUCUAUGCAAGGAAAGAGCAUUGUGAUUAGCGAGUCGCAGGAGUGGGUAGAGGAUAGUGUCAGAUCUUUUACUGAAAUAGAAGGCCUGUCGAUCUUUGAAGUAUUUGGAAAGCAAACUCUUUUUGCCAAUAGUGAGUUUUUUAACUGUGUAAAGGUUGAGGAUCUUCUCUGCACAGACAGUCUGUCAUACGUAUGCAUGCGUAUAGAGAACAAGUCAUAUGUUCUUGUAGCGCGGAAGCACUGCAUGGCUUUACUGCAGAAAGCUGUUGUCUCUGGAAUUGUACCUUGCAGCAUCCUUGAGCUUAGAAGAAUUGCAACAGAGACAGAAAAAGUAGUAUAUCCGUAUGACAUUCCACAGACUGCAACAGGAAAGGCUUUUUUAGCACAUCUCAGUUCUUUAGAGGAAGAGCGACAGAGUCGAAAGCCCAAGGGAAAGAAAGAUGUGAUAUUCAGGCCUCUUUACGAGAAGGAGUUGGGCUCACAAAAAAUGUACUUAUUUACUGCGAAGAAAGGAAGCUUUUCAGCUAAGUCACCUGUGGUGCAAAGCGAUGCAGCAGAUGACUUUAUUAUGCAGGGGAGUGAAGAAGUUAUUGGAGAAGUAGGAAGGUCGUCCUUUUCAUUUGCAAAGGGGCGGACCACAGGGCUUAUAUACAUUGACAAAGAAGCAUGCAUAACCGGAAGCCUCUUUGUUCGCAACUUAAAAAACAACAUAUUUAGAAAAGUAGAGUGUGCAGCAGCUGAGGCAGAUGCUAUUCUAUAG